UUUUUUCCUAGCCUCCCUCCUUACGAAUGAAGAGAAGUUGUUCCCCGUCCUUGUGCCAUUCCUUCCCCCCAGACUACGAUUAACUAGUAUUACACUACUACGACUAUCAUCCAUAGCGCGCGGGCGGGUCCUGCAAUUCCGCCGAAGAUCCCUGAGAUUAAUUGAUCAAUGAUGCGCCCCAAACCGGCGUCUUCCCUCCAGAAGACCUACGAUGACUGUUAUCUGAUGUGCUCGACUGCCGUCUACUUCGAAGGACAGAACAACGAAGAAGAAGCUUUAAAGUCUUGGCGCUCCGCCCUCGAAACCAUCUACUAUCAUAACGCCUAUCGGGUCCCCUCCAAGUACACCCCCAAGAACGAAACGGAGAAGGCUCUUCAGGAUUCCAUCCGCCAGUUAGAGCUCCAAUGCCGGGAGCGCGUCGAUCUACUCGAAGCCCUCCGUGAGAGCAGAAAGGAUACGUCUGGUAAAUCUCCUCCAUUUACCACUGGCCAUCGCGGUUGGAUUGGAGAGGGAACUGUCCCCGCCGUCGGAUAUACCGAUCUAUCUAAACCGCCCACCAUCCCCGGACGCCCCCCACCACCUGUGACCACCGCUAGCUCGGAGUCUACUGGGAACGAGACAGGCUCAUCAACCCCAAUGGCGGGUCGUCCCGGAUUGCGUAAGACGCAAUCCUCUUCGGCAAAGACUACAUCGUCACGCAAUUCCAGCCCCGAGCGUCGGAAAGCGAUGCCGUCUACACUACGCAACGCCGAUUUGAAGAAGCCCGUCAAAAAGAAAAUCAGCCCGCGACGGAAAGACCUGCGGCCGGCCGCAGCUUCUCAAGCCGCAGGCCUGGCUUGGGGAAGUCUUUAUCGCACUCCAUCAUCAGAGAAGACCGUUAGCGAUGCUGCCCUAGCCUCCUCCCGUCUAACCGCUGCAAAUGAUCCCAGUUUUCGAAAGGAGUCAACACCACCCCGUUCGAAAUCCGGCGAUGGGGUACCCCCACGGAAAAGCGUGCCUCUAGAGGAUUCUGGAGAGGAGCGCCGCUCCGGGAGGAAACUUCGCGUCCCCGGUCAGACACCGCGACGGUCACCAGCAAAGUCUACUCCCGCACCAACUUCAACACCUACAUCCACCCCUCAGGCUCCGGCUGGCAUCCGGCAGCCGUCGGCAAAUCGCACCCAUUCCGCUUCUGUCUCGACGGGCUCCAAGGAUACUGUUCAACCACGUGCCUCUCCGAAGCCUUCUGUCAAACCAAAGCCCGUAGCGUUGAGGUCGUUUUACCAGCCGCCCACGCCUUCUGGAGGAUCCGCGGGGGCUGCAGAUACCGCAAACAACCCACAGGCUGGGUCUGCAAGCACGCAGCGAAGAAUUACCCCUGCUUCCACUGGUGAAGAUGCGUUGAGUGACAAUAUAGAUCGCAUGUCGAUUUCCCGAACGAGCCCCGAACGACGGUCUACUCCGCGCAUCAGGCGCGCUAUCACCCCACCGUCAUCUAGCGAUCCCGAAUCUCUUGGUCCUAAAUCAACAGAUGCCGACGAGGACGAAGUGGACGUUGAGGACGAGGAUGACGCAUUUAUGGAUAUACUGAACAAGCUCCCAAAAGGGGUGGAUGUGGCAACCGCCCGACAGAUCCUUAACGAUAUUGUAGUCCGCGGGGACGAAGUGCACUGGGACGACAUUGCCGGUCUAGAUGGGGCCAAAAAGGCCCUCAAAGAAGCCGUCGUCUAUCCGUUCCUCCGUCCGGAUCUUUUCUCUGGUCUGCGAGAACCAGCCCGGGGUAUGCUCCUCUUUGGACCUCCAGGGACUGGUAAGACGAUGCUUGCGCGCGCUGUAGCCACGGAAUCCAAAUCGACAUUCUUCUCGGUUUCCGCAUCCACAUUGACCUCAAAGUGGCACGGUGAGAGCGAAAAGCUUGUCCGCGCCCUGUUCGGUCUGGCCAAGGCGCUGGCGCCGUCGAUCAUCUUUGUGGACGAAAUUGACUCACUAUUAUCCGCUCGUUCGUCCGGCACGGAGAACGAGGCUUCACGACGCUCAAAGACCGAGUUCCUGAUCCAGUGGUCAGAUCUGCAGCGCGCCGCAGCAGGUCGUGAAUCAACUAAGGACAAGAAAGCUGGCGGAGACCCCAGCCGGGUCCUCGUCCUCGCCGCAACAAAUAUGCCCUGGGACAUCGAUGAGGCCGCACGCCGUCGCUUCGUCCGCCGACAAUAUAUCCCUCUCCCGGAACAUCACGUCCGCGAACAACAACUCCGGACAUUACUAAGUCACCAGGUGCAUGACUUGACAGAUCAAGACAUCGACACUCUAGUACAACUUACAGACGGCUUCUCAGGCUCCGACAUAACAGCCCUCGCCAAAGACGCCGCAAUGGGACCCCUCCGCAACCUCGGCGAAGCCCUCCUCCACACCCCUAUGGACCAAAUCCGCGCCAUCCGCUUCCAAGACUUCGAAGCCAGUCUCUCCUCCAUCCGACCCAGCGUCAGCCGGGAAGGACUAAGAGAGUACGAAGACUGGGCUCGACAAUUCGGCGAGAGGGGCGGCUAAAACUUUCCCCCUUAUUCUACCUCUCUAUAUCUCUUCUCAUUUUUCUAUUUUCCUUAUGGUUCACCUUUGGGACCGUUGCAUUCAUGGAACUUGCAGGGGUCGGGGAAAAUCGGUUUGGCUGGGCGAAUUGGUUUUGAUACAAUACGAUACGAUACCUUGGGCUAUGGUACUCUGGUUUUGGUCUGCGUUAUGUGGUACGGUACGGUAUGGUAUGGAUUAUGAUUAUGAAUGACUGCAGGAUGAAUGCAAAUAGGAGUGGAUCGUUUGGAACUUAUGGACAUGUAUUGUACGUAGUGAGUGAACUGGUCCGGGGUCAGGAACAGACCGAAUAUUCUCUCAAUGAAUGGAUAUAGAUGGCUCUGUGUAUGAAUACUGGUGCUGUCCCUUGUCGUAUG